AUGAGAAUAAGGAAUGGGACAAUUCCCCAAGAAUUGGCCAAGCUCAGCGAAAUCGAAUCUAUCUUAAGCAAUGAUAAUGAUUAUACUAACGAUGAGAUUCAGAAAUUCAAAACAUUUUCAAAAGAUCAUUUAAAUCUUAGUGCGCAUGUAUUUGCAGAGAUAUGCAAAGUUAGACCAAAGAAAGUUCACGAAAAUGUUAAGUUAUUCUCUUGUUUGGACGAAAAAUUGCAAUUCUUAAUUAUUCAAAGAGCAAAUCCAUUCUUCAAGCAAGAAGUUGCAAAGAAAUUCAACAUAUUUGAGAGAUUUGUCGAUCAGGACAUCUAUACUAAUAUUGAAGACAUUGAAAUUUUCUUUUAUGAUGAUCUUAAUUCUUUCCAGAAUACGAUUUAUAUGAAACGUGUUAAAAAUAUGACAAACGAUACUGUUACUUUCCCUAAUUGCGUCAACAAAAUUGAUCUAGCUGCUUUCCUUGGUGCUUCAAAAAUUUUUAAUUUCUUAUUCAAAGCGGGAAGUGAUUUAUUAAACGUGGAAGCUGCUAUUGCAGGAGGAAAUCAACAGAUUAUCCAGCGACUUAUUACAAAUGGCUUCAAAAUUAAUACCCCAUCUGCAGCAAUUUCAUUUAUUCACAACAAAAUAUUCUCCAAAUUCUUUUGGUACUCUCAGAUAUCGAAUCCGCAAUACAUCACCAUUGAGGAUAUUUUUAAAUACGAUUAUAGAAAGCUUUCUAUUGAGUUUUUCAAGCCAUUUAUUGAAGAUAAGCUUGACAAUAUGUUAGGUGAACUGGUUUUGCGCUGUGUCAACCCAUUCCAGCUCUAUCUUGACUGUCAUUUUAAGAAAUUAUCAAAAUUGAUCAUGGAAAAAUGGGAUUUAUCGGACAUAAAGGACCUGAACUACGCAUUCUCAAAAUGUUUGCAUCGAGGAAAGGUUUAUUUUAUUGAAUUCUUCUUAAAUUCUCCGUUUUGUGACAUAACUAAACUGGAUAGCAAGUUAUUGAUGCAGGCAAAGCUAAAUUAUCCUAAUUUGACUACACUUGUUGAUCAGAAACUAAGUCUUCCAUUGGAAUUUCCUCUUUCCCUUUUUGAUUAUCAGCAAUUAUGCCUGAAAUACAUCAAAACGAAAGACCAAUCAUUAAUUCUACAGAUAUUUGAUCAGAAAUACGCUGAGAAUCAGCUUUAUAUCAAUGUUUUGUGCAAAUAUAUCUUGGAUUAUGAAUUUGAGAUUCCGAAGCUUGAAAUCUCCACCAAAUUAUUAGAAAAACUUACCCCUGAGUGUGUUUUUCUUAUUGCAAUACCUAAUUCUCCAAACAAAGAUAUUUUUGAAUAUUUCAAACGAAUUGGAUUCAAAAAUCUAGACGAAAAUAAUCUUCUCCAGUCUGUUAUCGUCUCGGAUCAGUUCGAAAAUGUCUUUGGAUUCAAUUUCGCUCUGAAUUUUAUCAAAAAGUUUGAUUUCUCCAAAUAUUUUGAUAAGAGGAAGUUCACUAUUGAAGAGAGAAAGCUCUUGACAGCGGAAAUUGUUAACAACAACAUCCAGAGUUUGAUUGUUUCAAUGGCCAAUAACAACGACAUGAGAUUCCACAUGAAUAUCAGGAUGUUUGGCGAAAACCAAGAUAAUACAUCGUAUCUGAAGAAUGUUACUCUAUUUGAAGACGAAAUAAAUUAUAUGAGGAAAAAUAUGCCACAAAAGAUCAAUAUAAUUGUUUCCGAUGUCGAAAACAGAGAAAAGUUGAUAUGUUUUGACAUUGUUAAGUCAACUCCAUUCGAAAAUAUCGGAAAUUAUCUUGAAGAUCACAUUAUUGACACCAAAAGUGCCCAACUCAUUGCCGAAAAGAUGACAACGGAUGUUGUAAAGUCGGGGAACAAGAUCAUUUGGAGAAAAGAGCUAUAUCCUUAUUUAGAUUGCAGUUUCUUGAUGGAAAUAUUCAAAAUCACGCAUUCCCAGUUCUGUCUGGCAGAAAUUUUGAAGAAGAAAAGCAAAAGUGAGUUCGAAAAUGAAAUACUUCAAAUAGUUUGCCAAAAAAGUGACGAUUAUUCUGCCACGAUAUCCCAAAACAAAGAAAAUUAUUCUGAGGAAGGUAUCGUCGAAUUGCUGUUCAAGGCAAAUAUUGACAUUCUUCCUGAUGAUUAUGAUGUGAGUACUGAACUCCUCGAGAAAGCCAUUAAUACGCAAAAUGAUUUUGCAUUUCAGGGUCUGACAAAGUAUGGUAAAACCCAUGAUGCUGUAAUGAGUAUAUUGCAAAAGGCAAAAGCAGAAAAUAAUGGUUUGGUCGUGAAUUUCAUCAAAAAAUUCAACUUUAAUUAA